CUAUAACUAAAUAUAGAAAUAUUAAGACGCAAAUCGGUUUCUGGAACACUUUGACAUAGACGCAUAGUUAAAGAGUCUUAACAGGACGAACAGGAGACAUUCGCAUAUCAGCCGCAUCAUGCCAAAAAGGGUUUUGUGCUACAUUCGACCAGCGUAACUCCAGCCUGUCAGGAUCUAAACUGACAGCUAAUGAGACCACGAAACCUUGCGGGACUUUAUAGCGCGACUUUAUAGCGGACAGCUCUUGUUACGCUGGCCGCAUUUUCAUUUCAGGUAAGCGAUGCCUCAGAACGCACAGAAAGAUAGCGACCAUAUGUCGUUCCUCAGCUUUAACUCGGCCUUACCGGUUCUGGAGAGUCUGAAACGGAAGAGAAAAACUCUGUACAUCCAGAGCGUUGUUGAAGAAGCAAGACCGCAACUUUGUUCGCUCCCAGAACAAAUACCUGAUCUCACGAUCACGGGAUAUAGAACAAGUCUCUGCCAGUCGGGCGAAGGGCCAGUGUUGCUAUACGAUAUUAACAGGGUUGUAUUAACGCAAUUCCACACAGACGACAAUGACCAAUACACCGCUAUAGAUUAUUCCGAUUUUGUCGUAGCUGGAGUCAGUGUGCUGUCCAACACCAUUCCUUCACAUGUUGAUCGCAAGUUUUCACUUGUUACCUGGAGAGGCGCAUUGUUUGCUGAACCAAUCGCUGUCGCUGUACAUAAGCUGGUUAGCUAUCUGCAUCGCUUGACAUACGCAACCGGAGAGCCCGUCUUGUCUGUCGGAUCAAUACCUGCAAACGCAAGCGUUGAGAUAAGGAAAGCUGUCACCACGGAGUGUCAGCUGCAUGACGAAGUCAUUCCUUCAGAACAUCCAGCCUGACAUGAGCGAUGCUGGAUUUCUCCCGUCUAUGACUGAGUCCGUAAUGAAGCCGGUACGAGACCUCUACAGGCUUUCAGUAAAUCAUUGCAACACCAGUCUGUCGAAUAUAAGCGAAUGCUUUAUUGGUUCAAGAAAGCUCCCGAUGUUGCAAGCGAAAGCCUUCGAUGUCAGUCAGACUGUGGUCAACAGCAGGUGUUUCCAGGCUGGGAAAAGCACAUCGAGCAAGAUGGCGGCUGACCUUAUCCAGCGAUGUCUGCCCACAAUGACUUCUGUCAUCACGCAGUCUCCCCCGCCAGCACACCACGGUGGUUAGUUGUAUUAUGGUCAGGGGUAUUGAAGACUGAUUGAUUCAUUAACCGGUGAAUAGACCAUUUUAUGUUUUUGGACUGUUGUUUAUAUUUCACUUGCCUUACUCAGCUGACACUGACAUUCAAUUUAAAUAUUAUUGAUUUUAGAGGUAUAUUAUUGCAUCACUGAUUUGUGUGCUUUUGCCUGUGCUGUACAUCAAAGCUAUAAGAAUUUGCGCCUGCCGUCUCUUAAAUACAUCAGAUACUAUGAUAGUGACAUAACGUACGAUUUCAUUUCUAUUUACAAUGUAAUCAUUUAGGGGUAUAAGAUGAAAAACUUUGAAUGAGCAAUUGUAUUCAAAAUGUAUGUCCCAUUAAUAAUGAUCAUAGAUUUGUUAAUCAUUAAUAAAUUCUGCCUUGUACACAAAUAACUUUUCACAUCCACAUGUUCGGUCUUAAAGACAAAUGAAAACAAGGAUCCAGGGUCUAAAACGGAACGUUCUAACGCGUGCAAGUAGUUUCUAUAGGCGUUACGCAUGCUAUUCGCCUUCUUUAUGAACCGUAACGUAUAAAAUCAUUUUUAGCGGCGUUAUAUCAUUGGAAGGUAAAUAUUUUGUAAGCAUUAACUUCAUCUUGAGCGCUCUUUCCGGAUUAUUAAAUAUGUUGUUUAAUAAGCUAUUAAAAGGCACAUUUAUUCAUAUUAUUAAUAAUAUUAUAUAUAAUUAUUUCAAGCGCAAAACAGGUUUCAUAUAAGGUAUUUGGUUAUAACUCUUUCAGAGCUAAAAUCACUAGACAUAUGUUCAGUUGUGAAAUGUAAAAUGUAUUUCUACUUAAUCGAAUAAAUUGGAAGUUAUAUAUAAGA